AUGCAGUCCUUGAUCCAGUACCGUCGCAUCCGCAGAGAGGUCGAAGCAGAUCUCGCCCAGCGCCAUCCCCCGUCCACAGACGCCGUCGAGUCCAAGACAGCACUGCCACCACAAAAAACAACAACAACACCAACAACAGCAACAACAACACUAACAGCAGCAGCAACAACAAUACCAACAACAGCAGCAACAACAACAGCAACAGCAACAACAACAACCAACAACCAAACCCAAGCCGCCGCCGUCCAAGACAGCGACUCGGAAGCGCACCUAUGGAAACUGCCCGGCAUCACCGCAACACGCCCCUCGGAACACGACGGCAGCGUAACAUUCCUAGUCGGCUGGCGCUCGGCCAGCGACCCCUCGAACCCACAGAACUGGCCAAACGUCAAGCGGUUCUUCGCCGCCCUCGGCGCGUGCCUGCUCGCCUUCGCCGUCAGCGUGCCGUCGUCGAUCGACGCGCCCGUGUCCCUGGCCUUCAACGAGCACUUCCACGUCGGGCCCGUCGCGGGGUCCCUCACCACGGGGUUGUACCUGAUCGGCACGGGGCUCGGCGCGCUGGUCGCGGGGACCGUGUCGGAGACGUUCGGGCGCAACGUUGUCUACAUAACCACCUUCGUCGCCUUCAUAGCGUUUAUCCUCGGCAAGGCGCUCGCGCCGAGCUUCGGCGCGGCCCUCGCGUUCCGCUUUCUCACCGGCUUCUUCGGGUCGACGCCGCUGACGGCGUCGGGCGGCAGUGUGGCGGACCUGUUCACGCCGCUCGAGAUGAUCUUCGUCAUUCCCGUAGUGGGUAUCACUGCGUACGCGGGCCCGCUGACCGGGCCUAUCAUCGGUGCCUACCUGCCGGGCGUGGGCUUCCGCUGGGCCGACUGGACGGCCCUGAUCAUUGCCGGCGCCGUGCUUGCCUACGUGCUCCUCUGCCAGCCAGAGACGUACCCGGCCGUGCUGCUCGAGUGGCGCGCCCGCCACCUGCGCCAGUUGACCGGCGACGCGCGCUUCCGGGCAUCCGAGCACCAUGCUGCCGCGCGCACGCUGGCCAGGCGAUUGCUGGUCAACCUGUACCGGCCGUUCGUGAUGACGUACUCGGAGCCGAUCAUCCUCGUGUUCGCGCUCUACUUGACGGUCAUCUACAUUGUGCUGUUCACGUUUCUCAACGGCUACCCGUUCAUCUUUGAGCAGACGUACGGGAUCUCGGGCUCGCUGACCUACGUCCUGUGGGCCGCGCUGCUGGCGGGUGACUUGCUCAUGGCGCCGCUCGUGCCGCUCAUCUACGGCUGGGCCAAGAAGGAUGCCGCCGCCGGCACGCUGACGCCCGAGAUGUGCCUGUGGUUCAGCAUGCUGGGCGGGUCUGUGCUGCUACCGGCGUCGCUGUGGUGGAUGGCGUGGUCGUGCUACCCCGACGUCAGCAUCUGGGUGCCCCUCGUGGGCUCCGUCUUCUUCGGCUACGGCCUGCUGACCGUCUUCUCGACCAUCCUGCUGUACACGUGUUUCGUGUACGGGCUGCACUCGGCAUCGGCCCUCGCCUUCAUCACCUGCACGCGCUACGUCGUCUCGGGCGCCAUCCUGCCCGCCUCGGUGCCCAUGUACGAGAACCUCGGCCCUCACCGCGCCCUCACCAUCCCCGCCGCCCUCGCCACAGUCAUGGCCCCGGUGCCGUAUCUGCUGUAUGUCUACGGCGCCAGGAUCCGCGCGCUGAGCAAGAACGCCAUGCACUGA